UAGUUUUUAAUUCUCUGAUUUGGAUUUCAAUAGUUUUUUAUUCUCUGGUUUUUUCUUCAAAUUGCAGAAAGAUGGAGUCUGAGCAAUCAGUGAAUGCGUUAGAGAUUGGAAAAGCCUUUGUGGAUCAAUAUUACAAUGUAUUUAACAACCAUCCAGAGAUGCUAUAUAUGUUCUACAAGGAUUCCAGUACAAUUAGCCGCCCUGAUCCUAAUGGUCAAAUAACCUGCAUAAAAUCAAUAGAAGCUAUAACUGAUAAGCUUGCAUCUCUACAUAAUGGGAAAUAUAAAGCAGAAAUUAUGGCUAUGCACUCUCAGGAAUCUAUUAAUCAGUAUUAUAUUAUCACGGUAUCUGGGGUUUUAGUAAGAAAAAACAAUAUGAAGAGAAAAUUUACACAGGUGUUCAUAUUGGCACCACAGGAGAAGGGCCAUUUUGUUUUAAAUGAUCUAUUUCUCUAUUUAGAGGACCCUCAAGAUUUACAAACAGGUGUAGUGGUUAAUGGUGUUCAAGAUACAGAGGUGGUUAACUAUGUUCCUGAUGAGCUUCUUGAGAGAGGGUUGGAUAUUGCACAAGAACUACCAGUAUCUCGAGAACAAAUUAUUAAAGCUGAUGUUAAAAAAAAGAAGGUGGUUACUUUUGAAGCACCAGAAGAGUUAGAUAUUGCACAAAAACUAUCCAUCUCUAAAGAGAAAAUUAGUAAAGUUCUUGAGAAAGAGGCAGCUACUCUUGGAGUACCAAAAGAACAAAGACCAGAAGAGGUGUCUAGAAAAAAAGCAACUUUUCUAUCAGUUCUUAUGAAACAGAAUUCAAAACCUGUUGAAGUGUCGACUGUUGUGAGGAAGUUUCCAAUAAAUGCUGUUCAAGUUGAAGAGCUCUCAAUCUAUGUCAAAAACUUGCCUCUGAAUGCUACAACUGCCCUUGUUGAAAAAGAGUUCAAAAGAUUUGGUCCUAUUAAAAAAGAUGGCAUUCAAAUUACAAGAAACCAGGAAAGACAAUUCUCUCAUGGUUUUAUACAAUUUGAGUCAUCAACUUCUACUCAGAGUGCCAUAAAGGAAUCACCUAUUACAAUCAAUGGACACCAGGUAUAUAUUGCGAAGAAGAGGCCUUCCCAAUAUAGUGUUCAAAUUGCAGCCAUAAUGUCCAACUUUCCAAGCAAGAUGGCUAAAGAAAAGGGGAUUCAAUAAACUUCGGUGUUCAUAGGUGAUCAGAAGCAAAUUUGAAAUAUUGAAAACAAAAUAUUUUUUAUAUUUUUAAAAGUUUUUCUAUAUGUUAGUAAUUGGCAUUUUGUCUGUCCUUUAGAACGUUGUCGUAGGCACGUUUUUUCAGGACUUCGCUUUCAACUCUUGGAGACCUUUCCAACGAGUUAAAUGUUCAUAAUUUCGAAUCCCUAGAAGAAAGUUAUAUUAAUUAAGAUUGGGUUUACCUAGUUUUCUUUAGAAUAUGGAAUUUGUAAGGAUUAUAAUAAAGUUGCAAAUCAACUUUUUAAAUGAUGGUGGU